GCCGUUCACAUGCGCUCAUGCCGGCGAACCACGCGCCAGUGUCGAGAGCCAGCUCAGUAGCGAGUGCCGACACCACCACCUCCUCGCAGUCACAGUCGCAAUACCACCACAACAACAACAAUGCCGCCCUCCAGGGCGCCGCGUUGGCCUUUGGGCGACAACCUCCGAAGCCACGAGCGCCGCCCACGACGACGAACAUGACUCCCGCCAGACGGGGCACUGGAAACAACCACCGAGCCCUGGCGGCAGCGACCACGCCUGGCCGCCCCGACUCCCGUGCUUCUCUCGCUCCUCCUCAAGGCGGCAGUGACGAUUCCCACCAGGCGGCAGUGCUCGCAGCAGCUCGGGCGAAGCCGAGUGUGGCCAUGGAUCCAGCACAUCGAGAGAGGCAGGGGAAGGGUACGCAAACCAUGCGUCCAUCCCAUAGACCUGCUGUUGGUCCCAAGCCCAGGCGGUAUAGCGAACAUCGAGAUCCAUCGACAGUCGAUAAGCCCACAGACACGACGUCUAUCGCGCCAACGACAUCACUAGUGGAUAUGUUUGAGCAGCGAUCCAGGACUGCUACGUCGGAUACACCUGUCAAAGGUCCCGACCAGCUGGUGUACAAGCCGAGCAAGGACUUGCCCAUGAGCAAUCCCAAGCCCGUACGCUCUGGGGGAGUAACGUCGAUGAUUCAGCUGGAGCUAGAAGCGCGGGUGAAAGGGGAAGAGGCUAUGGAUCAUGUGGACCCAGGGAAGGAGGAUAGUGGCCUGGCAGAUCGUUAUGAUGGCCAGGGUCAUUCCUCGGAGGAUUCUUUCGCUUCUGCAUCGGAGAGUCUUCACGGUGGAUCUCGCCUGCGCGCUCACGUCAGGACCAAAGUGGCAGCACGCAGUCCGUCACAUGGAGAUCUACUAAGGUCACAGAACGAUGCAAAGCGGCGACCGCAGACUUCACCAGCGCCCCAGCAUGUUGCUGGCAGUGCUCGCCCUGUUCCCAUCAAGCAGCAUCAGCAAAUGGCUCCUCCCCCUCGCCCUAUGAGUGCGCAGUCUACGGGAAGAUCAGCAUCAUCAGUACAAUCUCAUUUGUCUAUACCUGCGCAGUACAAUGCCGCACAUCCACGCAAGAUGACUCCGCUACGGAGCGGAGAUGAUCUAGCCAAUGCUAUCGUUGCAUCUAGUCUGGUUUUAUCAGGCGCUCCGAGCCCGACCCGCCUAGAACCGCCGCCUGUGCCGUCAAGGCGAAGAAAAGGCCAACACCACAAGCUAUCUUUCAGCAGAUCUUCUAGUCCAGUAAAGACUGGCAUGCUACAUACUCUUCGCAAGCAGGAUGAUGGCUCAUCAUCUGAGUCCGAGGAUCAGCACCCCUACCACAAACAUCACAAAAAGCGGCUCGUACGGAAACAUCCUAAUAAACAUCAUGAGGGCGACAGAAAACGAUGGCGUGAUGCUGUCACUGAGAGGGAACGCAAGCGUUAUGAGGGCGUCUGGGCUGCGAACAAGGGCAUACAUUGCUCUUUCACACUCGAGGAGCAGGAGUUCUUUCUCGAGCAACCAUCGCAUGAGCGGACUCUCGAGGCGAAGGCAGCCGUCAAAGACACUGUUUCGAACAUAGUUGCACGAGAAAUCUGGAGUCGGUCGCGUUUACCUGCAUUUGUGCUGGAGCUUGUCUGGGAUCUCGUCGAUACGAAGCGAAGUGGUCGACUGAGUAAAGAGGAAUUCGUCGUCGGACUGUGGCUGAUUGAUCAGCGUCUCAAGGGCAGGAAGCUCCCUACAAAAGUCUCGGAAUCGGUAUGGGCUAGCGUCAAAGGCUUCAAAUUGAGAGGCAAGAGAUGAGGUGAUGACCUACAUAUGCCAGACCGAUUUCAAUUUUUUCUCUCACCCAUGAAAAAUAAAAUAAUAAACUC